GGAAGUACUGCUAUUAUACAUGAACGUUAGGUACUGAGGUCAGUUACACAUUUAAGCUUUUGCUUUGAUCUUGCUGUCCACGUGGCAUCGUGCAGUGCCCCACUAUAUUGAGUUUUUUGCUUCCACGUUCCCGUCAGCACCGAACACCUAGCGCGUAUAAAAUAAGCGUUGGAUUCGGUGCCCCAUCGCCGCCCUGCCCAAGAGACGUCAUGUGUUGGACCUCACAUGCCAGGGAACUGCACAGACCACACCGACAACAUGACGCCGCCUCCGAAAGGCUGGCAUCAGUUGCCUGUAUGGUGUUUGAGCUUGAGGAAGCGGGCAGCGAAGCAGCGUGUGAUACUAUGGCAGCGCAAAAUCCGGAAAAGGCACUUGAAGAAGUAAUCGAAAAACUGGAGCUUGCCACGCGACAGUCCUCCAUGUUUGGCCGGCAGCUCUGUCGCGAUGUGCAAGAUUUGCUUACUGGAGUUCAAGGGGAAAUUGAUACAGCAAAACGACUGCCUGUCCUGCUGGCGGGACUUGCCAGGUUUCGUUACGAUGUCCGCAUAAGGCAGGCUCUUGGCGGUGGCAACGCGUGCUUCAGAUCUCUUCGCCACGAGUUCAUCCUGGUUCGCGGCAGCGGCGAGUUCAGCGGCAUGGAGUUCAUCGUUGAGCCCGCCCUGCGGCAGCACUUUGCCAUCCCGCACCCCUCGCCCGAGUACUCCGCCGCCCUCAGCCACGUGCCCGAGGUCUUCGUGGGCGGCAGCUGCCGUCUGGUGCCUGUCGUACAGCUGCUGUGCGCGCUCAUGGCUGACUCAUUCGAGCGACAGGGGCUGGCGCUGCCGCCCUGGCGCAAGGAGCAAGCCAUGCUCAGCAAGUGGCUGCCUAGCACCGGCCGCUUCCGGGACAUCCCACCACAUCAGCUGCGUACCUCGACCGCAGGGGAGCUGUCCCUCGCAACACCGUUCGAGCCGAGCACUCCGCAACGCUUCUCGAGCAGCCGCGGUGGCUCCAUAGAAGCAGCCGCAACAGCAGCAGCAGGUUCCCUCUCUUCCUCUCAGCUGCUGCUGGCUGAGCUUGCAACCAGCGGCUUGAACAGCCCCAUACCAGCACGCCGAUCGGAUCUCGACGGGGGCAACACGCAAGCACAGCACCCGUGCACCCAGCUGUUUAGCGACGUCCUCUUCACGCCCUCGCCGCCAGAGGCCGCUACUUUCUGCUGCUCCACCCCGGCACUUGCCAUUACUGGCUUCAAGCUGCUGGACAGCCACGAGGACAUUCCCGCCGCUGCAACCACUGCCGCCUCCGCCACGUUUGCAACCUCGAACUGGCCACUGGAGGCUGGCCACCCUAUCGCAUGCAGUAUUGGCGGCUCUGCUGCUGCAGACAUGCCUGCUGCUGCUGCCACAGCUGUGGAUUCUACCGCCUUUGUCGUACCACGAGGUACGACCACUGGGCCCAGCAGCAGCCUAACCCGCAGCCUCUCGCUGCCGCUGGGUUGCGGCGACGGCGCACACAGCCCUCUCACGGCGUCCUUUCUCUCGCCAUUCUUCAGCCAACCGGGGGUUUGCGCGGAAGAGGAGGGUGAGGAGGAGGACGGUGACAGCGAGGAUGCUGAGGGCGCGGCGCUGAUACAUGCGGCAGGAGGGCCCGGCUUGUGGUCCAGCUACCGACCCACAGCAACCGGCAUGACGCCCCACCUCUGCGAUACCACAGGUGCACCAACCACUGAGCUGCUGCUGUCAACCAUUCGCGCUGCAAGGGAGAAGGACGAAGCCGCUGCUGCUUCUGCUGCUGCUUCUGGGUCGGCGGCAACGGGUGGAGAGGUUGAGCAGCUGCGCCCUCGCGGUGUGAUUGCGAUGGGUGCCAUGGCCUCUAGCGGUGCAGGCGCCGAAGGCAAUGCGCGGCAGCCGCUGCAGCAGCCACUGAGGCCGGUGGUGGAGACGCUGGCUGGGGUUCACCCCAGCGGUCCCUCCAUCCAUGUGGUCAGGAUGGGCGGCGGCUGGCCCACCGCGCCCCUGGUGCCGCUGCUGCCGACGAUGCGGCCGGUGCCCCAACAGCAGCAGCGACUGGGGGCGCAGGAGCUGCCCCAACAGCUGCAGCAGCAGCAACCGCAACGUGACCAGCAGGGCAGGGUGCAGCCUGCUGUGGCGUCUGGUGGUGGUUUCCGUAAGCCCUCAGAGGCGCUGCAUGAGAGGCCUCAGGAGCGGUUGGUCACGCGGGAGGGCUCCUUCCAGUCAUGGGCCGUUCGGGCACAGCGUUAAUCCUCAAGCGCUCAUUGUCUCCCCCUUCCGCAGUCAUUGGGCGGCUUGGGUGGGCGCAAUGUAGUGCUUAGCUGUGUAGGGCUGAGCAUAUAGUUGUUGACGUAUUGUCGUGUUUGUUUUGCAUCAGGAAUAGGACAGACUGAGACAGCGGCUUUACUAUGAAAGCAGCCGCUGCUCUCAAAAGGAUGGCACGCAUUAUGCUACGCAAGACGGUAAAAGAAAAAGGGAAAAAUUGUGAUGCGUUACGUUGGAGUCGAUGAAGAAGAAGAGCGCGCGAGCAAAAUAGUAAUGCCGCAUGCGUGAAUACUGUUGCGUAAGUGUGGUGUAUGUGUUGGGGUUUAGGCUAGGUUGCCGGGUAGGUUGUCCAGGCUGCGUUCAUGUUUGCAGUCAAAGAGACCAUGGGGAGAGGUUGGGACGGGCUUGAAGGGUGGGAAGGCGUCGGAUGGCGUUCUUUGCACGUCCCCACUGUUCGUACCCUCGUGACAUGUUAACUGGCGGAAAUAUGCCAUCAUUCAUUGCUGGAGGUUCUCUUGUGUGUGCCGUACACAUCAUGGGAGAACGAGAUUGUGUUAUUCAUGGCAUACAUACGAAUACAGGUCACAGGUUAAGGUUAUAUGUUUUGUAGACGGUGGACCAUUUUUCCCGGUCGGCCACUGUUCGGGAUGUCGUUUUGGGUGGGAAGAUUUCGAUAGAUUGGUGCAAGAGUCAUAUAUACAGCACUGGUUUCGGUUUUGGAAGCUGUGUAGUUUCGGUUUCGGAAGCUAUGUAGUUGCUAACGGCCACAGUUGCUACACCUGCCGCCAUGGGUGAAGAGUUGAACGGCUUUCUUUUCCCCAAAAUGGAGUUUGACGUUACAGUUUGUUGCAUGGUGCCAAGCACUCCACGAUUAAGGUGGUUGGCCGUUUAAUGGCCUCUGGUGAAUGAGGGAAGGUGCUGUUUCGACAUGCUCGGCUGUCUUGGUGCGCAUACCUGGGGGUAUCUGGCCAAACGUUUGCGGGGUGCCGAGGGGAUUGCAGCGGGUGUGCGUAUCCUAUCUAGCUAUUCCGAAGCAUGGCGUAAAUGCAAAUAAAAUAAAUACGGGGGACUUGGGUAAUGCUUAUCGUGGACUGUUGGCACAGCCAAUUCUGCGGAUGUGGGUAUGCGGUGGAUGCGGGGGGACAAUAAUGCUGAUAGAACCUGUCCUGGUUUUGUUUGCUGAUAUGGUUGGUUCUGUUUAGCUUGUUCCCUCGUUGGUUGGUCCCUUGUAGCCAGUUUGUGUAAUGCUGCUUUUUAUCUGGUGGUGCGCCCUGUUUCGGGUGCUUACGACGCGUGUGCACCACCCUACUGACAUUGUUUGAAGGCGUACUGAGUAAGUAGUGGGAUCUCAGCUGCUGCAGCUGCUGUCCCGCUCCUAUACGCGGGAUGUACGGCAUUACAGAGUGGUUUGGCCAUCCCGCACCGCCGGUGGAGGCGGAUGCGGAGACUGCCCGUUUGCUAAGGUUGCUCGCUGGUGUUAAGAGGUGUGUGGUUGUUCUUGGUCCCAUUGGGUUAUAAUGGCUUCCGGUUUGUUGGUUGUUUCCAUUUAACAGGUAUUGGGCAACGGUACGGCGUUUGCCAGUCCCGAAUACGGUAGCAUUCGGCUGCCAAGACUCGGAUCGUUUUGGGUCUUACGUGACUGUUUUUAUGAGGCGUUGACACGUAAACCCGUUGUUGUUGAUGCUUUGGCGUCGCUAGCUUUUGAGCUUUUGGGUGGAUGGUACAACCUCUGCGCCAUUCGCAUUGGAGGCACGCGGGGGCAGUAAAGGCACGGUAUGAAGGGUAGGUGUCGGCAGCGUUUCUGGUGGGUGAUUUGGGCGUAGCGUCCCGUAGCGUUCGUGUUGCUUUAGUAUAUGGUAUUGCUGUUGUGAGGAGACUGUGGGCGGGUCUGGGUGCGUGCGGGCAUCCUGGCAAGGUAGUAAGAGCGGCAAGAGUCGUGCAUACGGUAAUAAUUUCUAAUGUGUUGCUCAUGCCCACAGCAUACAACACCCACCUGCAUGCUCGCGGACUACCGUACGACAGCGCAGAGAUCCGUAUCUACAUGUAGUACCCGUGCGAUAAUAUGAGCGUCGGGCUGUUUGGCCUCUGUUCCCAGCGUUUGCCCUUGAUUGCCUUCGCGGUGUGGUUACCGGUAAUAAAGUUAACUUUUGUUGGUUUUAUGGUAGUUGUUGGAGCUUGUUGCUGUCAACGGAAGGUCCAACCGAGCGGGCGCAGGCGUAGUUCCAAGAGUCGGUUUGGAAGCCCUUCAUUGGGUGCUGUCCACAGCCCCAAAGGGCUUCGAUUUUGACGGACGGCUGCUUGCUGCUGUCGUUGUUGUUUGCGUUGACUUGAUUGGAUUGUGUGUAUGGCUCUUUGGUGCUGCUCCUUACGACAGUAGAGGGGGUUAUCCCAGAUCGCUCGGUGAUCCCCCGGGUCGAGUUUCGGGCCGAGUUAUUCCAGCACUCCCAUGGCGCCAGGGUUGGUCGGGUGGAGCGCUCAAACAGGUGCUGCGUAGUAGCAGAAGUGUCGGUUGUUAAUCGGUCCAUUUCCUUGUAGUGUGUCAUGGUCGGAUGUCUUCGAAAUCGCGUGCAAGGCUGUGCAUCCUUCAUGGUUGUAGAGAAUUGGAGUUCCCUGUAAAGUUGCUGACUC